UGCAGAAGGUCGGAGGGAGGAGAGGCGGAGGAGCGGGCCUGAGGGAGGCGUGAGGAGCGAGGAGGGGAGCAUGACCACCAUGCUGAGCCCCAAGAUCAGACAGACCCGGAGAGCCAGGUCAAAGAGCAUGGUGAUGGGGGAGGUGUCGCGGGGCCCCUGCCGGCCAGCGUCCCCCGGCCUCCAGGAGGGGGCGCUGAAGGCCGGCUGGCUGAAGAAGCAGCGCAGCAUCAUGAAGAACUGGCAGCUGCGCUGGUUCGUCCUGCGGUCCGACCAGCUGUUCUUCUACAAAGACGAGGAGGAAACCAAACCGCAGGGCUGCAUUCCUCUGCAGGGAUGUCAGGUCAACGAGCUCGCCGCCAACCCGGACGAACCCGGACGACACCUGUUUGAGAUCCUCCCAGGUGGGACCGGGGAGAAGGACCGGACCCCCAUCAGCCAUGAGUCCGUCCUGCUCAUGGCCAACUCCCAGGCGGACAUGGACGACUGGGUCAAGGCCAUCCGCCGGGUCAUCUGGGCGCCGUUUGGAGGAGGGAUCUUCGGCCAGCGUCUAGAAGACACGGUGCAGUAUGAGAAGAAGUUUGGCCCUCGGCUGGCUCCCCUCCUGGUGGAACAGUGCGUGGACUUCAUCAGAGAAAGAGGCCUGAAUGAAGAGGGUUUGUUUCGGAUGCCGGGACAAGCCAACCUGGUCAAAGAACUGCAGGAGGCUUUCGACUGUGGAGACAAGCCUCUGUUUGACAGUAACACAGACGUUCACACCGUGGCAUCCUUGCUGAAGUUGUACCUUCGAGAGCUGCCGGAGCCGGUCAUCCCGUUUUACCAGUAUGAAGACUUUCUAACCUGUGCACAGCUUUUGUCCAAAGACGAGGAGGAGGGGGUCCAGGAGCUCGGGAAACAAGUAGGCACUCUACCUCAGCCCAACUACAAUCUUCUCAAGUACAUAUGCAAAUUCCUGGAUGAGGUCCAGUCCCACUCCAGUGAGAACAAGAUGAGUGUCCAGAACCUCGCCACAGUAUUUGGACCAAACAUCCUACGACCCAAAAUGGAGGACCCAGUGGCUCUCAUGGAAGGUACUUCUCUUGUCCAGCAUCUGAUGACGGUCCUCAUUAGAGAACACCAGCGGUUGUACACUAGAGAGGAACAGGAGGGACCCGCUUUACCCCAGACGGAGGUACCCCACCAGGGGCACCAGCUUCAGCACCGCAGCCUGGGGGCUUGGAUCUCGGAGGAGGACCUCCGCACCGGUCCCAUAUCCAACCCCAACCAGGACCUGGACAGCAGUGCCUCUUCCCUUGAUGCCAGACUUUGUGCAGCUGUUCCACCGACACAAGCGGCUAACCCAAACCCCGGACCAAAAGGAGCGUCUUCAGCAGGGAAAGGAGAGACGAUGGUUAGCCCCGGCAAACAGGUCAAGGCCAUGCCCUCCUGGAAGUAUUCCUUCAAAAGUUCUUCUGCGCCUCGUUCCCAGACACAAGCUAAACAGAGCAACACCGCUGGCUCGGUGGCAGAAGCGACCAGUACAUCUGGUGGGGGAGGCGGCGGUAACUGGCUCAUGAACGGCUUGUCCUCUCUCAGAGGGCAUCGGCGUACAUCCUCAGGGGAGAGGUCCGCCCGGGAUCGCGACUCCACCGGUUCCUCCCAGAGACUCUCCACCUACGACAACGUCACUUGUUCUUCCAGCACCGGGAGCGUCCCAAGCAUUUCCAGCACGCCGUGGUCCACCUCCUCAUGUGAAAUCUCGGUGCCCGACUCCGAUUGUGAGCGCGUCGCCCCCCAGGACUUAAGCGGUGCAGCUGAGGCUUCCAAAAAAGUAGAGUGGGGGGAGAGCCAGAGGGAGGACGAACGGGACAGAGAUGGGAGUAUGAUGGUGGAGCCCAGCUCGGAGCAGGACAGCUGUGAGGCCAUGGAGCUGUGCAGCAGCAGCGCAGCCUGCAGCGAGAACGGGAGCGUUACCCAGACAACCGCGGCGCCGCUCAUCAUCAUGACCGAGGACGGAGAAGGGACUAACUUCUCGCUGGGCAGUCUCGUGGAAGAGCUGAAGGAGGAGUUGCAAAAGCAGAAGUCCACGUAUGAAGCAAGGAUUCAGAAACUGGAGGAGUCCAGCGCUGCUCUCUGUGCUCAGAUGGAACGACUGGAACAAGAGAUGGAGCAGGAGCGAAAGAAGCAACAGAUGCUGGAAAUCAAGCUCCGAAACUCCGAGCGCGCACGAGAGGACGCGGAGAACCGCAACAGACUUCUGGAGAAGGAGAUGGAGGACUUCUUCUCCACGCUGGGAGAUCUGGCCAUGAGUUCAAGGACAAGCAAUAUUUGAGACUUUUGGUUUGAGCACCAGGACUUUGCACAUUCCCGAGAGGCCUAAAACGAGAGGAAAUCUUCAGGAGUGCUGGAGGACGUCUUCAUCAAGAUCUUCACCACUCUAUCGCAUGCUUGAAACCGAAUGUUCGGAGGAUCGUAGGGACUCAAGGGUUUGUGUCACGAUAGUUUCUAAGGAACAUGAACGGGCAUCCUUUGGCCGACUUUUUUGAAGCUUCUGAAGGCUUUCCAAAGCAGGUCAACUCACAAAAGAUUGUGCUAAAAGUUUGCACCGCAGUGCAUUUUUCCAUUGGGAACAUCAUCUGGAAUCAUCAUGCCUCAGGAUAAGCAAAGCCCAACCGGUCAGUCUGUUGAAAUUUAGGCAAAACACUGAGAGAACGCGACUUCUUUCUAAAGGAUCCACGCUUUUAAAUGAGGAACAUCAGCAGGUGCUUUUCUGAGGUCGCUGGUCGUCGUUCCUACUGCUGUUUGAUAAACGGACUUGUGGUUGCUCCAGAGGACCACGCAGAGAAGACCACACUGUUGCUUGGCUCCAUACUGCAGUUCAACAAUAAAAAUAGCACUUGAAGAACUUAUGAUUUUACAUCUUCUUGAAAUAUCCUUAAAAUGUAGACUUUGUUUCCUCAAACAUUGUGGGACUAUUUUUGAUGAUUUGAGACUGAAUCCAGACAAUUACCAUCUCCAGUGGUUAGUCUAAAUCAGGGAUAGGCAACUCUGGGCCUCGAGGGCCGCAGUGUCUGCACGACUUCUAGAUGUCCAAGCCCUACUCAUGACUGAUUACCUGGUUCAGGUGUGUCCAGCCAAUUAGAGCCUGCCAGAAAAGGGUAUAUUGGAAAUAGUGCUUCCACGAUUAGUCGUUUAAUCGACGACUAAAAUAGUCGAUUAGUCGUUAGUUUACAUUAUAUGGAGUCAGAGUGUAGGAAAGUUAUAAUGACAUUCUACUAGCUUUUUGGACUAUUUUGGCAUUUAUUAAAGUUUUUAGGCUAUUUUGG